AUGACUUCAAACACGAAGGUUGACUUGAAUCCUGUCCCUUCGCUCGAUCUACAGUCUCUUCCUGAUGAGCGCUCUACAAGCCUGUUCACGCCCGGCCCCAUCUACCAUAACCAUAUGCCGCACGUAAAACGAAUCAUCUCACUCAGAAACCCUAACGACGGACUACUCCGAACAGGAAUAACCAAAGACAACCGGAGACAAUUCCUAGGAACUGAAAUGUACACUCUCUCCUCCAUCACAUUAGCUCCGUGUCUGACCAGUGGGCGCAGAUACACAGCUGCAUACACCGAGUUCUUCGAUCAGGAACUUUUCAACAAGCACGACAACUGGAAGGCACUCGUAAAUGAGUAUCUCUUCAGCUUCCCCGAGCCCCUUAUGCAUGGCUUCACCGGCAUCCUCCCCGAACUCGCAACCGAAGCCCUAAGUUUCGGUUGCACAGAACGAAACCCAAUCCCCUGCUCCCUCGACUCUCCGUACCCGGAUAUCUCGACCUACAAAUCAACCUCUAGCAAAGAAAUCCUCUGCCGCAGUGCGUGGGAUAUUGUCGACCCUGCGGAACAGUUCAAGGAAGCGGUCCAUGUCGCCGGGAUACUAUUUACGGAGUCUCGGGACGAGGCUGGUUCUUCUGCCUUCGUUCCUGAGGAGAGUAGGGUUGGUGUUUUGAGGCAGUUUUGGUUGUUUGUGCUUUAUGUUUUUGUUGCGCGGUUGAGUCCGAGGAUUGGGGAUGGAGAGGAGGUUAGGAGGCUGGAGCUAGAGGGGAGGGAUUGGAGUGCAUUUGGGAUGUUGAAGGAGUGGUUUGGGGAGAAUGAUGGGUGGUAUUUGAAGGCUACGGUGAGGUUUGUGGAGGAAUUUCAGGGGUGGAUAGGUAUUAGGGAUGACAUUGAGCGGAAGAUUGGGGAGUGA